AUAUUUUUUUAAAAUUUUCACACUUUCCUAAAAUCUACUACUGGGUCCUUUCCCCUAGUCAAGAAAAGAAAAAAAAAUCUCUUUGAUUGACAUGCUUGUCAAAAAAAAAUGUUUAUUUGCAGAGGCGGGUCUGAUACCAACUUGCUUUUAAUGACGCUUUAGAUCCAACAUGAGACUGAGAAAGAAAAAGUCUGAUCCAACGUCGUCUUUCACGGAUUACAUUUUCUCUCCUUGUGAAUCGCAAGAUCGGACAAGCAAAAUAAUGAAGAAUUGGAAACUCCUCCUCGUUCCUCUUCUUCUCUUCCUCUCCCUCCUCUUCCUCCGCACACCCUCCCCAAACUUUCGGGCAGGUCCUGCGAUCGAAUCUUCGCUCUCCUCCAUCUGCAACCGCAACAGCUACCCUCCCCAGUGGCAACUUCGCUCGGACCAACUCACAGUCCUCAUAAGCGGCUUCUCAGAAUCCCGGCUUCACCUGCUACAAAACAUCACCCGCAGUUAUUCUUCCUUCCCCUGCGUACACUCUGUUUUCAUUCUCUGGGGCAAUUAUUCGACGCCCCCAACUGUUCUACAAACCCUAAAUUUGGAGUCUUUAGGUGCCCCCAUUUAUGUCCUGAAAAACCCGUCGUCGAGCCUCAAUCACCGCUUCCUCCCGCGUGACUUCAUUUCUACGCGCGCAGUGCUCGUCUGCGACGACGAUGUGGAAAUACAGGAUUCUGCUUCCCUCACCUUUGCCCUGCGCCUCUGGUCUCAGCAUGGAGGAAAACGGAUCGUCGGCUUCUUCGCUCGUUCCCACGGCUUUGACCUUGAAACGCGCGCAUGGAUGUACACCGUCUUCCCGGACAGGUACUCUAUUAUUCUUACAAAGCUCAUGAUUGUUGGAACGGAGUUUUUGUACCUGUACACAUGCCAUUCACCUAAGGGGGUCAAAGAAUUUGUAGAUAAUGCCAGGAACUGUGAGGACAUUGCCAUGAAUUUUGUUGUGGCGGAUCGCACUAGGGCUGGGCCUGUGUUGGUGGAGGGAAAUCCUAGGGAUUGGGGAGAUACGAGGAAUUCUGAAGGUGGGUUGGUGGUUGAUGCUGCAUUGAGUAGUUUGGAAGAUCACAGGAAGCGCCGUGGGGGUUGCAUUACAGAGUUUCACAAGCUUUGGGGUCGUAUGCCGCUGAGGUACAGUUAUGGUGUUGUAGGUAAUAGGGUUCACGAGCAGGGACUUUGUGAGAAGCUUGGAGUUCUUGUUCCUUGUGAUCGGGAUGCAAAUUUGAAUACCAGCAGCAACCAAAGGACAUAAUUCCACCCAUUAUUUUGGUGCUUCUGUGAGGGAUCAUGUCACAUUCUUGUAUACUAUUUUGAUCGAGUUAGAUUUGGAACUCCAAGGUGAAUGUCGAUCAAUAACCAACUUUUGACUUGUUGUCAAAAUUACAAGAACGCUUUGUUCUAUUACAAUUUGAAGGACCAAAUGAUAAUUUUUUAAGAAUUUGUUCAUAGUGGAGAUAGUUCUUUGAGCCUACAUUCCAAUGCAAGUGGAGUUGCAUACAUUUGAAGAACAUUGAGAGUUAUGUCCAAAAUAGUGAAUUGGUCUUCAACAAAAUGCUAUAAAUAUGUAUAUUGUUUACCAGUUUUGACAUAAAAUGAACGAUUGAAAAAUAUCUUUAUAGUGGAGAUGUCCAUUGGAAUCAAAUUUUCUCAUUUUGUAUCAUAUGAAAUAGAUGUCCAAAAAUACAUAUGGUAGGCUAUUAUUGCAUUGAAUUAAGGACUUAAUUUUUUUUGUUUAAAAUAUUCAAUUUAUAUUUAUAAUAGUCAUUUGAGUCCAUUUUAA